GCUUGCAGCCACCCCACUGAAGAAAUGGAUGUGGAUCAAUUGGACCUGAAUCCCAGAAUUAUUGCUGCAAUUAAGAAAGAAGAGGAAUUUUUCCAGAAGCCCCAGCAGAUCCAGCUGUGAAGGCCGCUGGGGCCGUGAGGCUCUGGCCAGCAGGGCUGUCCUGCCGUGGAACCGACCCCAGAGCCAACCCUUUGGCUGCUCCAACAGAACCUUCCUGAAACAGCACUUUUUGCAUGAAAGCCUACUUUGAUUUUGAAGUAUCCAUGUUCGCUUUCUUUUACUUCAGACCUUUCUGUAGCCUUAUGUUUUCCACGUGUCUUUUCCAGGGAGCACUUCAGUGGUUGUGUUUUGCUUUUUCUGUGCCCCAGUCUGAUGGUCUCUGUCUUUUAACUGGAGCAUUCAGUGCAUAUGUAUUUGAGGUCAUUACUGAUAUAUUUGGGUUUAAAUCUCCCUCAUGCUGAGCUAUUUGUCCUGCUUCUUUGUGAUGUUUUCUCUUUUUUGCCACCUUUUGUGUUGGCUGGCUAUAUUUGUAAUGGUUUUUUCUUCUACUAGUUUGAAAGUAGAAAGUAAUGCACUUAUCCAAGACCAAAAUUGAUGUAUUUGCCCUCCUAAAAUAGCAGAUCCUUGGGGUGUUUUAACCCUGUAAUCUGCCCAGCUUGUGUUGCUGGUUAUAAUUCUCACGUGCUGUUGGCUGUCCCCGCCGGCCAUCCCAACUGUCCCGUGCGGCUGCCAUUGGUGUGGAUCCGGGCUCUGCUCCCCUUCUGGCACCUCCCCUUGCCUGGCGUUCAGGCCUGCAGGCAGAGGCGGCAGAAGCCUCAGUGUUGGCUUGUACAUUGGCCCUUUCUUGAGAGAUGCUUUCAGCGGGCCUGGAACUGGAUGAUGGUCACCGGCUCUCGGCACCUGGGGCAUCCACUGCUGCAGGUGCAAGCCAAACUGAAAUCAGUUAAGGAGGUUCUGCACUUUUCUGGACCAGACUUGCAGAGACUGACCCACCUCUCCCGCCCCGACAUCCAGCACUUGUUGAGAAUGGCCUCCUUACACCUGCGGGGAAGCAGUGUCCUCACAGCGCUGCACCUGCACCGGCAGAAGGAGCGGUUCCCGGCACAGCACCAGCGCCUGAGUCUCGGCUGCCCUGUGCUGGAUGGGUUCCUGAGGGGUGGCCUGCCCCUGGAGGGUGUCACCGAGCUGGCUGGCCGCAGCGCGGCGGGGAAGACCCAGCUGGCGCUGCAGCUCUGCCUGGCUGUGCAGCUCCCACAGCAGCACGGAGGCCUGGAGGCCGGGGCUGUGUAUGUCUGCACAGAAGACGUCUUCCCAAGCAAGCGACUGCAGCAGCUCAUCGCUCAGCAGCAGCGGCUACGUGCAGAUGUCCCAGGGAAGGUGCUCGGGAAGAUCAGAUUUGGCGACCAGAUCUUCAUUGAGCACGUGGCUGACGUGGACACCUUGUUGGAGUGUGUGAGUAAAAAGGUCUCCAUCCUGCUGUCGCGGGGCAUGGCCCGCUUGGUGAUCAUCGACUCGGUGGCAGCCCCAUUCCGCUGUGAAUUUGCGGGCCAGGCCUCAGCCCCCAGGGCCAGGCUUCUGCAGUUGCUGGGGGGCGAGCUACAGCGGCUGAGCAGCACCUUCCGGAGCCCCGUGCUGUGUAUCAACCAGGUGACGGAGGCCGUGGAGGAGCAGGAGGUGGCGCCUGGGCCGCCAGGCUUCUGCAAUGAGCGCGUCUCUCCAGCUCUUGGCAUAACCUGGGCAAACCAGCUCUUGAUGAGACUGAUGGUCGACCGGCGCCGUGAGGAGGCCAUGGCCGGCCACCCCACCCGGACCCUGCGCGUGCUCUUCGCCCCUCACCUGCCCCCCUCCUCCUGCUCCUACACGGUCAACGAGGAAGGGGUGCGAGGGAUGCCUGGGACUGAGUCCUGCUGAUGUGACAGCUGCAGAAAGGCCCGAACAUGUCCUAAAACUCCGUCUACAGGGACCAAGCACAGCUUCUUAAUUGAGUUUCUUGAGGUCUCUGUGGCCAUCAGCUGCACUUUCUCAACCAAAGGUAGUUUAGUGACCAUGGACCUGACCCUCCCCACCAGAGACUGGGGACUGCGGGCUCGUCUCCUGCUGUUGCUGUUUGGGCACGCCCAGCCAGGUGGGCCUGGCGUUGCUGCUAGGGAGUCACUGUGCGGACCCCCCACCCCCAGAAACAGCCAGCCCUGGUGACCCAUCUGUCCUCUGAGGACCAGCCCAGCAGCCCACGCCCUGCUUCCCCCCUAACGCCACGGGGCAUCGGGGUCCACAAGCCUCCCCUGGGCCCCAGGCCUCAGAUUCCCCCACCCCGGGACCCUGCCCUGAGGGGCCUCCCAGCAGGGUGGUCCUCAGCCCCCCCCCUCGAAGUCCCACCCAGACACACUCCACCCCCUAAAACCUUGGUUUGGUGCAGGGUGGAGGAAACACAUCAGGCCAUGGGGGUACAGAGACUUUGAGGGUAGGAGACAAGGCUAACUUGACUGUGUCGUUGCUUCUGCCACCACCAUGGCCUGACGAAGGGGCAUAGAAGCUUUGGGGCUGCUUGUGAAAGUACAUCAGUCUGUUAGGAGCACAGCUGAGGGCAAAGGGAAAUUUUAUUUUAAAAUGGAGGCAGCAUCCCUGUGUGUCCUCGGGACCUCCCCCACACCUGGCCCCAGUGGUUGUCAGCAACAGCAGCAUAGCCCUUUAGAUGUGGCAGGACACCUGCACAGACUCACCACACCCUGUAGCCCGGCCUUAAUUCCAGAUAGAAAGCAGUACCUCCUGGCAGCACAGGCUCCAGGACCUGACCAUCUGGUCAUCGAGACACGCAGCCUCUGCAUGGGCAGAGCUGUGACCACUCCAACCCCCGUCAUACCCAGCCUGUGUGUCCACAUGCCGCUUGGCAAAGCAGGGCUCAAUAAUAUACUAAAAUGGAUGCACUGGUAGCGUUGGGACCACUUCUCUAAUGAGCUGCUGUUUGCCAGGCGCUGCUCUAAGUAAUAUAUGUAUGUUCAUUUACGUUUUUGUCACACCUCGGAGAUGGGUACUGUUACUAUUCCUGCUUUCAGGUAGGGAAACUGAGGUACAGAACAGUCAGGCAACUUGACUGUUCUCUCAGAGCCCUCAGCCAGACAUUGUCCCCCCCACAGAUGAGGAGCUGAGGCCCUGCCCUGUGUCAGCCUGGGGGUGGGGGUUGUUGGGGGGGUAGGA